AUUCGAGACAAUGCGUAGCAAAUGCUGCACCAACUUUAUGCUUCAUAUCACUAAGGAAAUGCAUUGCACAUGAGUUGCAUAUUAAAGUGGAUUAAUUAGAGAAAAAUAAAAAGAAAUCAAUAGACACAGUAGAAAUUAGAAUUUUUAAUUAGUCUCACCAACCUUCAACGCUGCCUACGGAAUUUCUAAAGGUAUUUAAGUACAUAUGUUGUCAAACAACAUAUUGCAAUAACACUUUGUCUUCGGUUGUUAAAACUCAUAUAAAAAAAUUUACUGCGUGUAGAAUUUAAGCAACCUGGAAGUUACGCGCGAGAUCAGCCAUUGAGCCUGCGUAAAAAGUGACCAAUAAACUUGAGUGGGAUUUUGCUGCGCUACCAACAAGUGCAUUGUUUAUAUAGGAUCUGUCAAAUGAAAGAAGCUACCGGAGUGUGAGAAAUAGGGUUGAUUGAACAAUGAAAAUAUUGUCGAGUGAUUGUACAGGAAGAGAGAAAAGUUAACGUUAAGUACAAGUAGAUAGGUGUGCUCUCUUUCUACAAUAGCAGUCGCGAAACAGGCCGUUAUAUUUUUAAUAUUAAAAUACGACGAUGCCGAGUGCAAGAACGAACAAAGGCGAGCAGGGAAUAUGUUUUCCUCAAAGAGAAGCAUCUACGAGCGAGCACAGCAUUUCCAGUAUGGUUUCGAAUGUUUCUAAUUCGCAGGACGAAAACUUUCGGGUGCCUAAACAUGCUGAGAACAGUCUCAAAGUUAUGGAGGAAUAUUUGUACAAAGAGCAACUGACGGAUGUUACACUGAUUGCAGGAGAUAGACGUUUUCCAGCUCAUCGGCUGGUUCUCAGUGCUGGUUCGGAGUACUUUGCUGCUAUGUUUACUAGUUCCUUGAGAGAAUCUGGUCAGACUGAAGUGGAAUUGAUGGAAGUUGAUGGUGAUGCUUUGUGGGCCUUGGUUCGAUAUUGUUAUACAGGAUGCAUAGAAUUGAGAGAGGAUAGUGUGGAAACUCUUCUGGCAACUGCAUGUCUUUUACAAUUAAAUCCAGUUGUCAAGGCUUGCUGUCAGUUUCUUAUACAGCAGCUUCAUCCAAGCAAUUGUCUAGGAAUACGAAUGUUCGCUGAUACACAAGGAUGUGCUCAUUUAUUGAGUGUAGCACAUGCUUAUACUACAGAACAUUUUAUGGAAGUAAUGAGGAAUCAGGAAUUUCUCUUACUCACUGCCAACGAGGUUGCUAAAUUAUUAGAAUCGGAAGACCUAAAUGUUCCAUCGGAAGAAACGAUAUUUCAAGCUUUAAUAACAUGGCUCGAGCAUGAUCCAGAAAAUAGAAGCAAGGAUGCAAGUAAAUUAUUAGGUUUAGUCAAAUUGCCAUUGCUCUCACCUGCCUUCAUAGCGGAUCAUAUAAAGAAUAAUGAAAUCUUUCAAGAUCAAAGAGCUGCAAAAGAUCUAGUAAUAGAGGCUUUGAUGUAUCACCUUUUGCCAGAGCGCAAACCAAUUUUAAGUUCAGGUCGCACCAGGCCUAGAAAAGCAACAGUAGGACAGUUGUUAGCUGUUGGAGGAAUGGAUGCGAACAAAGGUGCUACGUCUAUAGAUUCAUAUUCAUUACGUGAUAACUCUUGGAAGUAUUUGGCUAGUAUGAGUGGCAGGAGGCUUCAAUUUGGUGCAGCUGUUGUUGAGAAAAAAUUAGUUGUCGCUGGUGGUCGUGAUGGGCUGAAGACUCUUAACACUGUAGAAUGUUUCGAUUUUAUCUCAUUGACCUGGAGCACCUUGCCGCCAAUGAUUAUUCAUAGACACGGUUUAGGAGUAGCAGUAUUAGGAGGACCCCUUUAUGCCGUAGGUGGUCACGACGGCUGGAGCUUUUUAAACACCGUCGAAAGAUGGGAUCCUCUAACACGACAGUGGAGCUAUAUUUCUCCAAUGUCCGCGCAAAGAUCGACCGUUGGGGUGGCUGCGCUAAAUAACAAACUUUAUGCAGUCGGCGGAAGAGAUUUAAGUUCUUGCUUAAACACAGUUGAGUGUUACGAUCCACAUACGAAUAAGUGGACUCCUUGUGCUUCCAUGGCGAAAAGACGUGGUGGUGUUGGAGUAGGUGUUUUGAAUGGAUAUCUUUAUGCUCUUGGAGGUCACGAUGCACCAGCUAGUAAUCCAAGUGCCAGUAGAUUUGAUUGUGUGGAAAGAUAUGAUCCAAAAAUUGAUAAAUGGACCAUGGUAGCGCCAAUGAGUGUUGCUCGAGAUGCUGUUGGAGUCUGUUUAUUAGGUGAUCGUUUACUAGCUAUCGGUGGGUACGAUGGUCAACAAUAUCUUACUCUCGUCGAAGCUUAUGAUCCUUAUCUUGAUGAGUGGCAGCAGCUGGCGCCUUUGAAAACUGGACGUGCUGGCCCUUGCGUGGUAAUGAAAAGUAUUAUUGGUCCAGCCUGAAUCUCCUGGACGGGUUUUAGAUUGUUCAGUGAAUCCUGUUGCAGAGUAGGUAUCUUGGAUAUAGGAUAUAUUAGCUUUAUACGAUAGAUUUGGAUAUGUAGAUCUCGAAUGUGGGACAUAGAAAUGCUCAAAGAAACUAAGCGGAUAUUGCUACUGCCUUUACAGCUUUAUUCUGCUGGGUUUCAUUUUUCAAAGUAUUGUAUCUCUAUGCGUCUAUUUAGCAAGAAAGACGACUUAGAUACCGUUACUAAACAAUUGGCUUUAAGAAUUAUUGAUAAGUGUUCAAGAUUGGAUAUACGAAUCGUCUUUAGUCAUUUUAUAACGACGCGAACUGCUGUUUACUAUUUUACUUUCCUUUUAGAAGAAAAUUCUGUAACUUCGUCCAAAUAUUUAUUUUAAGAAUUAAUAUGAGGCUUUUGGUCGCAUUUUGAUUAUUCUUACCAUUACUAGUAUUAAUCAAAGAUUACUCUUUAUGACGGGACUACUGUACGUGGUAUUUUAAAUUAUUUGUUUGUUACACUGCUUUUACUAUUCCAAUUGUUUUUCUGUAAUCACAUUUGUUUUAUUAUAAAUGUUAUUUAUACGCGAGCUUUGACAUUAGAAUCAAUUACUUUUUUAAUAUUUUUAAAUUCAAAAUAACUUUUAUUGAUACACUGCCAAAUGAUUAAAGUCCUGAUGAAUACUGUGUCAAGUGUGAGGUUUAACCUUGUCAAUGUAUUACUAAAUAGGGUACUUAACAAAGUACGAAUUGUGUUUCAUAAAAUUGUUAUUAAUAUUUAAUAGGAAAUUAUCUCAUACAGCAGAGCGCAUCGAAAAAAACUAGUAUUUGACUAAUACAAGAUAUGGUCCAUUGCGUGUUUGCUUAUAUCAUAAAAAUGUAAAUCAAUGAAUUUCUCAAUCGAAUACACAUAGUCAAUCCAUAAGUUAAAUGCGAAAUCCACGAGACGCUUGAAAUGAAAAUUAUGAAGGAUGGCCUCUUUAAGACAUUUUACUCAUAGAUGGAAUAUAAUAGUUAAAAACAUUCCCAAAUACUGUAUUUUCUAUAUGUACAUAAGAUAGUCUAAUUUGAAUAGCGCUUAUAAAUGUUCAUGCGCAUUCGAUUCUUUAAUAAACAUUUUAUACUUCCGACAAA